AUGUCGACGCUCAAGGAACAACUGCCAUGGACAUCGUCGCCGCUAAUCGUCAACGCGCCCAUGGCGGGGUUCGCAGGCGGUGAGCUCGCGUCAGCUGUAACACUAGCCGGCGGCCUUGGUAUGAUUGGAAGCCUAAUGAAUAUGGAAGACCUAAGGAAAGAGCUGGGUAUCGCCGUCGAAGCCUUCAAGGACAACCCGGCACUAUCGGCAUCGCGCACCCUUCCAAUCGGUAUCGGAUUCCUCCCUUUCGUACUCAAGCUCGAGGAAGUCCUCCCGGUAUUCGAGGACUUUAAGCCUUGUGUGGUGUGGUUGUUUGUUCCGAAAUCACUAGAUGACUACGCGGAAUGGGUGUCAGCGAUACGCAAAGCCUCACCGGACAGUAAGAUCUGGAUCCAACUUGGUAGCGUGACGGCAGCUCUUCACGUUGCAAAGAUUGCACAACCAGAUGUUCUGUGUCUCCAAGGUGCGGAUGCCGGUGGUCAUGGCUUUGAGAAGGGCGCAAGUAUCGUCUCGCUACUACCAGAGGCGUCAGAUGCACUUGCCGCGGAAGGCUUCUCCCACAUACCCCUCGUUGCCUCAGGUGGUAUUACCGAUGGACGCGGUGUUGCUGCUGCACUGACACUCGGUGCGGAAGGCGUCGUCAUGGGAACACGUUUUCUCGCUUCUAAAGAGGUAAACGUCCAUCCGGUCUACCAGGCCGCACUUCUGGAGGCGCAAGACGGCGGACAGGUAACGACCCGUUCGAAACUGUUCGAUCAGCUGCGCGGCCCCAACAUCUGGCCGGAGCUGUACGAUGGACGCGGCUUGGUGGCACAGAGCCACAGAGAUUUCGCGAAUGGCAUGAGCCUAGAGGAGAUACAAAGGCUGCACAAUGAUGCUGCAGCAGGUGAAGACAAGGGAUUCAAAACGGGCUUGCAAGGGCGCGCAGCAAUUUGGGCGGGCACUAGUGUGGGGUUAGUGAAAGAGGUGCAAAGCGCGGAGGAAAUUGUGCAGACGGUGCGACAAGAGGCGAGAGAUAUUUUGGUUAGGAUGGCGAUGUUGUAG